AUGUCUGAACGUAAAGUCUUAAAUAAAUAUUAUCCACCGGAUUUUGAUCCAUCAAAAAUCCCUCGUGCUAAACGUGCAAAAAACAGUCAAUUUAGCAUUCGUUUAAUGGCUCCAUGUAAUAUGAGAUGCAAAACAUGUGGUGAAUAUAUUUAUAAAGGUAAAAAAUUCAAUGCUCGAAAAGAAGAUGUCAUGGGUGAAACAUAUUUGGGUAUGCAAAUCUAUCGUUUUUAUAUAAAAUGUACCAAAUGUUUACGUGAAAUAACAUUUAAGACUGAUCCAGCAAAUGGUGAUUAUGAACUAGAACAUGGAGCAAUACGAAAUUUUGAAUCCAUUCGUCUUGCUGAAAAACAAGCCAAAGAAGAAGCAGCAAAAGUAGCUGAAGAAGAAGCUCUCAAUCCAAUGAAGUUAUUGGAAAAUCGAACACGUGAUUCUCGACAAGAAAUGGCUGCUAUUGAAGCACUUGAAGAUAUUAAAGAAUUAAAUGCUCGACAUGCGGCUAUUGAAAUUGAACAAAUGUUAAAUCAAAAGCGUGUAGAAGAUAAGCAAUUUGCAUUAUUAAAAAAACAACUUGAAGAAGACGAAGAUGAAGCUGAAAUUCGACGAGCAUUCGGAAAAUCAACGAUGCCAAUCAAUGAUAAUGAUGUUGAAACUGAAGAAAUCGAAGAAAAUACGGAAGAAAUAUUACCAUUAUCAACAAAACCAAAAACAACUGUUUCAUUUGGUCAACCCAAUAAUGCUAAACGACCAGCACCAAAAAGUUCUUUAGCUAUGAUAAUCAAGAAGAAACCAACAACAACAAGUGACCCUGUUUCAAAACCAUCAGCUGGUCUUACUUCGCUUCUUGCAUCGUACGACGACGACGACGACGACGACGAUGAUGAUAGUUCUUAA